AAUAAAUGGAAAAGUAAUUAUUUCCUGAAAAGAAUAGAUAAAAAUCUUUGAUCAAUUUACUUUAUCUUUUUUAUGGUUAUUUAUUAAAAUCUGAUUAUUUAAAUUCACACCCGCAUCGCUUAAUAAAUGAAGACUGCAAGCAUCAACACAAAAGCAACAUCUUAGAGCUCUACUACAUGAACCAUUUCUUUCUUUUGAUAAUUUUUGUAAAGUUCCUACGAGUCGUGUUCUAGUCGCUUAUCAAAUAAUUUAUUGUUCUGUAUGCGUGGCUCUACCGCUUCCGUAAAUUACAGUUUAUUGAUUUGACCCGAAAUUGAUACGACAAUUAUCAUUCUGUACAUUUUAUUGUCUCUUCAUUUUUGAACCGGUAACUAUGGAAUUGCAAUGCAAAGUUCAAACAUAUGAUUGGGGGAAAGUUGGCUCUGAAAGUACAGUGGCUAAGCUAGUUGCCAGCGGUGACCAAAAUUUUGUGGUAGAGUCUUCUACACCAUAUGCAGAACUUUGGAUGGGGACACACCCUAAUGGUCCUUCUUUAAUUAUUGAAAGAGGAAUCCUUCUCUCUGAGUAUUUGAAAGAUAACCAUGAUGCUAUAGGACCUGUUGUUAAAAAUAAGUUUGGAAUCACAGUGCCAUUUCUGUUGAAAGUACUGUCCAUAAGAAAAGCUUUGUCUAUACAAGCCCAUCCUAACAAAGAACACGCAGAGACACUCCACAAGAAAUACCCUGACAUGUACAAGGACCCCAACCACAAGCCGGAGUUGGCAGUUGCUCUCACUCCCUUCGAAGCUCUCUGUGGCUUUAGAAUACUGCCAGAAAUAAAAAAAUAUUUAUCACAACUUCCUGAACUUACACAAAUAUUGGCCAAAGAGAGUGUAAAUGCGUUGUUAUCACUUGACGAUGCUGAAGAUGGUAGUGGAUUAUUGAAACAAGUGUUUCAUGAUCUGAUGGUGUGUGAAAAACAGGUUAUUGCAAGCAGCUUGAAGAAUUUUCUGUCGAGAUUGGAAAAGGAAGCUCCAGAAACACAAUCAUCCCUGCUAUAUCCCCUGAUAAAGAGGCUUCAUGACGACUUUCCUGGCGAUGUGGGUUGCUGGGCGCCCUUCUUUAUGAACUACAUGCAAUUGCGACCGGGACAGGCCAUCUUCCUUAAGGCCAACCUUCCACAUGCUUACUUAAGCGGAGAUUGUGUAGAAUGCAUGGCCUGUUCAGACAACGUGGUCCGCGCGGGUUUGACUCCCAAACAUAUUGAUGUGCCGACCCUGGUCGGGAUGUUGGACUACAGCCCCUACUCGCCAGAACAAUUACUGUUUAACCCUAAGAUAGAAGACGAGAAUAGCUGCAUCUGGAGACCGCCCGUACCUGAUUUUGCGCUCGUGAAAAUUCGGGUGGAAGAUCAAGACGAACCCUAUAACACCAUCAUUCGUCCAUCACCCAGCCUCAUCAUCAUCACAUCGGGCCGCGGCGAGGUGUGCGACACUUUGCCUGUCCCCGCACGGCCGGGGGUGGUUGUAUUCCUCAAAGCCAGUAGACAAUUGACCCUCACACCGGCUGAGGGAGACCAUUUAGAGGCUUACCAGGCUAUAUGUAAUGUUUGAUAUUUUUGAUAGAUACAGGGGCGCGAUUGUCAGACGUUCGAAAAAAGGUUUCGGUCAGUUCGAAGCGAAAAUAAAUAAAUAUUGGUCUGCUUCUUGCAUAUUAUAACAAUAAGGGAUGCAGAAGUAUAUUUGACCAAUCCGCCAACGAAUAAGCAUCAGGAUUGAUGGAACAUGCAGCUCUAUUUGCGAGAAACAACAGUUGGUUCUCUCAUUCAUGACCAAUAAAGUUCGAUGUGGCUUUGCUGUUUAUGAAUCUGAGAAUACUAAAGUUAUGCGAAGUUAGUUAAGUUAUGGUAUUAUUGAUAGUAACAUUGUAACUUCUUUAGAAUUGAACCUUUUUUCGAUUGUUUGAGAAUCGUGCCUCAAUAAUACCACUUUUAGAAGUCACCGUCUCUUAUACAGGGUGUAAUUGGAUUCACUGCCAUAGGUACUUUAAGUAUAUUCUACAUAUAGUCAAUAGUUUUGGGGGCAGGGUCUUAACAGUACCUUCAAUCAAUGUUUCUUAUUUUUAUGAAACUUUAGAAAAAAUACUUAUAAAUAAGAACACUGGGACUUCUAAACAUGAUAUUAUCAAUUUACUAGUAUUCAUUACUAAGCUAUGAAUUUUGGUAAAUCGGUUCCUAAUGGCCGUGCCUUGCCUACAACGUUUUCUUUUAUAAAAAUUUAUACAUUUAGCCAAAAUUAAUAUAAUACUAAAAUGUUUAAGCUAAUGUGCGCCAAAUAAUUCCGGCCAGACGUUAAGGUAUGCGUAAGCGUAAGAACCUUGUAACUUAAGGCCGCUGUUAAGUGACCUAUAUAAGGGCUCUUUUACGGGAUUAGGUACUUGGAGAUAAAAAUGGAACCUUGUAGAAAAGGUUCAAUAUUUUUCCUCUUUUAUUGUCUGUCUAUCUCUUUUAUUAUAUCAAAAACUAGGUAAUAGAGCAAUAAUUAUUACUUGUUUAUAAAGAUUAUGUUAUAUUAUACCAAAUGUUAGAUGUAAUAUAUGGAAUGUUAAUAUACGUAAAUGUUAAGUUUA